GCGCGUGUUGUUUUUUUGAUACAUGCUCCGCUCCGGAGCUUCCGCUUCAACCAGCCCAUCACUAGCGCUGCUCACUUAGCGACUAUGUCUCUCGCCGUUUUACGCACAUGCAGGUGGCUACAGUUCAGCCGUUAGUUAGCUUAGCCUUAGCUCUGCGACCAGCUAGCCUCGCCGAGCCCUUGUAGCCCACGAGCUAACGCUGGCUAAUGCGCUACGCGGCCAGUAGCUUCCAGCGGCUGUCAGCAUCAUCACCAGGACGACGGGCAUCCCUGCCAACCGGCCGUCUGAUGGAAGGCUGAGGGGAACGAUGCUGAGAUUCCUCCGUAUCCUUCUGACAGUCCUGCUAGGUGUUCUGUGGGAUGGAGCUGAUGCUUUUGCUAGAGUAAGUUUAGUAGAUGGAGACGACAAGUGUUCAGGCAGAGUGGAGGUUCUCCACCACAACGAAUGGAGCACCGUCUGCGACCGCGACUGGGACCUCCGGGAGGCUCAUGUUGUGUGCCUGGAGCUGGGCUGCGGCUUGGCCGAAUCGGCCCUACGUGGUUCCGCGUUUGGACCGGGCAGAGGAGAGAUCUGGCUGCGGCACGUCCAGUGCUCUGGACACGAGUCCAGUUUGACACGCUGUGGUGUUGUGCUUUACAGUAAUUCCCACUGCACCCAUGAGAAUGAUGCAGGGGUGAAAUGCUCAGGUACCCUUCUAACGCCCACUCUCACCCUGCUGUCACCUCACACUGUGUUCUCUCCUGGGGAGGCUGUUCGCUUCAGCUGCAGUGUUUUGCUGGGUCAGCACCUCAGUGACUACCACCUGUACAAAGACGGCGUGUCCACGCCGCUGGUAACGCAGAGGGCUGACCACAGCCAGAUCAGCGUGGAGCUCACUCUGUCUGACAUAGAGACAUUCCAUCAAGGCAGCUACAGUUGUAGGUACAGAAUCAAAAGCGGUUUUCCAGCUGAACUACUCAGCUCUCCACCCAGCAACUCCAUCAACAUCACUGUAGUGGAACUCCUGACUCCUCAACAUUGGUACAACACAUCUACUGAGGCCCCAGCUGGUUCCGUCAUUAAAGGCCACAAUUUUAACAUCACGUGCUCCACCUCGCAGCAGUACCCCGGAGGUUCCUUCCAGCUGCGCCUGAUCCGCUCCAACGGCACCGUACGCCAGUCUCUGCCUGCUCUCACACCGUCUGUCACGUUCACCUUUCCCAAUGCACAGACCUCCAAUGAGGGCUAUUACUACUGCCUGUAUCGGGUCCAGCUGGGGGGGCGCAUCUUUGUCUCCAGAGAAAGCCAGCCUCUGCCUAUAGCCAUCAGAGACCCAGAUCCAGUGCUGAGUCCAGUGAUGAUCAGCUGGCUUGUGUCUGGCUUGACAUUUGUUGUAGCUGUCAUUAUUCUAAUCAUCGUGGCCAAGGUGCUUUGUAACAAAGAGAAGAAGCCUUCAGAACUGGAGCGAGAGACCAGAACCUGUGUGGAAAACACUUAUGUUGCCUUAUCAGUUAACAAGCUAUGAGGGGUGGUUGACAGACUGACUGCUGACACUACAUGGAAGGCUCAGUGUUCUACAAGGAUUCAGAGAGCAGGGGAUGUAGCUUGGUUCUUCUUCCAUGACACUGUUAGAAACUCUACAAACUGGACCAGACACAGUUGAGACUGGACACUAAUGCAGACCUACCUAAACCUGCCCCACAGCACUCACACUAUGUUAGCGUGGAAAGCAAGAAAAGUAAGUGAUGUAACUAACAACCACAGGACACUAACAGCAGAACAAUUCCUGCUCACUCACUGGGCGCACACUUGGUUACGGCCCUGACCCCAGAUGUGUGGCCAAGAAUGGUGGAUGUAAACGUUAACUGAGGAAACUGUCACGGGUCCCUCAGGUCUCUGUGUAUACGCAGUUUUAAGACAUAGGUCUGUAUUUAAUCAGGUUACGCUAAUGAUUGGCACCACUAACUUAUUACAUGCUUCCACAGAUCAAUAAUUCUUAAAGGAUUAGAAUGUGUUUUUGUAUUUUAAACGGAACCCUACUAUGCAUCGUAUGUCAUUAAUAUGUACAUUACUGCACUUUAAGUGUGUAAGUAGACGUUGUAGGUAAAUAAAUGCUGUUGAUGGA